GUUGUAACUAGUUUUGUCUUGAAUUUCAUUUUGAGUGUCAUCUCAUCAUAAUUCAUAAUCCCACCUUUUACUUUGUCUGUUUCACAACUGAAACACACACUGAUUCUUCUUGUUUCUUCUCUUCUUCUCUUUCAACACACUGGCAUCUCUAUCUCUAACUGCACUUUGAAUUCUGCACUCAAGCUUCAUAUCUUCUUCAUUAUUAGUUGAUCAGGAUUGUGCCUAACUGAUGCAUUACCUUUGAAAGAAGCUCUUCAGUUUCAAGCAUGACACCUAAUUUACAUCUUCAACCUGUAGAUCAUAAAGAAGAAAAGGUUCUCCUUGAGAUAGGGAAUUCUGAAAAGCAGCUAUGGACAUUGAUUCAUUCUAAAGGCCUAUUAAACGCCGAAGCUCAAGACUUGUACCGCAAGGUCCGGUCUAGUUAUGAGAGAAUACUCUUGAACAAUCACACACAGUCAGAACUUCAAGAUCUUGAAUACUCUUUGUGGAAGCUCCACUAUAAGCACAUUGAUGAAUUUCGCAAAAUACAAAAGAAAGGUUCCAGUAAUGCUGCCGGAAAGAAAUCAGGCACAUCACAAGAUGCUGCUGCAGAGAAUCAUUUGCAGUCAUUUAAGUCAUUUCUGUCAGAAGCUAUUGAGUUUUACCAAACUUUGAUUGUGAAACUCAGAAAACACUAUGCAGUGCCAGAAGAGGCUUUGUUUUACAAGAAGGGUUGGACCUCUACUUCUGUUGAACCAGAUGUCAUGCUGAAAUGUCAAUAUUUAUGUCAUCGUUGCUUGGUUUGUAUGGGUGACCUCUCAAGGUAUAAACAACAAUGUGAAAACCCUGAUAGUCAAAAUCAUAACUGGUCAGUUGCUGCCACUCACUAUUUGGUAGCAACAAGGAUUUGGCCAGAUAGUGGUAACCCCCAAAAUCAGUUGGCUGUACUGGCAACAUAUAUUGGUGAUGAAUUUCUUGCCAUGUAUCAUAGUAUAAGAAGUUUAGCUGUUAAAGAACCAUUUCCUGAUGCUUGGAACAAUCUUAUCUUGCUAUUUGAAAAGAACAGGUCAUCACAUCUGCAGUAUACAUCAAGUGAAGUCUGCUUUGACUUUUUAAGACCAUUCGGGGGAAUCAGUGAAGAGACGAAAGAACAAUACAAAGGCGAUAGCCCGAAUUACAGUAAAUUUGAAGGCGAAAGUAAUCACUUUGCAGAUACAAAGUUAUGGUCUCUUAUGGUCAGGACCAUAAGUUUUCUCUUCAUAACAUCAAGUUUGGAGGAGUUCCCUGUUGCAUUAGCAUCUACUGUUGUUGAGUUGGAUAAACUGAUGGAGCUAGAAGAUAUUGAACUGAAGAACAUGUUGGAGUCGUAUCGUCAAAUGGAUUUAGCCAGAAGAGGUCCUUUCCGUGCCUUGCAAGUAGUUUCUAUGCUCAUCUUUUCCCUGAAGAAUCUACUUGAUAAGCUUGAAAAGAAUGAAUCAGAAGACAAAAAUGAUAAGCAUUUGAUGCAGCUGGCUUUAGCCGCUGCAUUCAGCUUCAUGGGACGUUUCACUGAAAGAUGCUUAAAGGCUAGUUCUUUAAAUCACUGCCCCUUAUUGCCAUCUGUUCUUGUUUUUGUGGAGUGGUGUUCAAGCACGCUUGAUUCGGCUGAAGCAUGUGCUAUGGAUCAGACAAGUAAAAGAGCUAUUUCAUAUUUUUUUCAUGUGUUUGUCCAACUUCUGAAUCAACUAAAUGUGAAUAGAAAGAAAACCAAGAAGCUUCUUGAUAAUACCCCUCUAUGGGAGGAUUAUGAGUUAAGGGGCUUUGUACCUGUUUCCUCUUCACAUUUCUCAUUAGAUUUCAGUGGUAACUGGGAACACAUUGACAAUUUUGAAAGUGGAAUUGAAUUGCGCACUGAGCGUAUCAGAGUAGCAGGAAUGAAGAUUGCAAGAAGAUCAAAUAAUUUGCAAAAGUGGAUAACAUGUGAUGAAUCAGGAAACAAGUUUUAUGUGGCUAGUUCAGAUGAAGAUCACAGCAAGAAAGGAACAGAAAAGGUGGAGACCGGCAGCAAUGGUACAAGUGCAAAACAUCUUAAUCAGCAAAUCAACAAAGACGCCACGGCUGAACAAGGCAAACUGAUAGCAAAGGAUAGUUUAAGUAGCUCUGGUAGCAAUGGAAAAUCCUCUGCAGUGGAAGAAGAGGAGGUUAUUCUCUUUAGGCCUCUCACAAGGUACAACUCAGCACCAUCAUACCCUUCUAUCUCAACUGAUGAGCAGACAUCACCAAAAGACAAGGAUGAACAAAACACCUCCUCUGAUGAUUGUUUGCGCCGUGCUACUUCUCUGCUUAUGGCACAAAACCCAGCUCAAAAUGAUCCAUGGGAAUUCCAUGCUACCCUUUCAAACUUCAGGAGUGACAAAUCAUUCAAGCAGCAAGAACCUUCAACAAAGGAAUCAAAUGCAUAUACUUCUUCUGAAGCUCCAAUAUCGGCCGGCCCUCCUUCGCUCAGCGCUUGGGUCCUCGAUAGAGGAAGCUUCAGCAUCAACAGAAAUAAUGGAACAAAUUGUCUUGCACAACACAGGUUGCAACCCAUUGAUGAAAUAGCCACUUCAUCCUUGGCUAGUCUUUCCAUCAAUAACAAAACAGAGAACCCUGUUACUACCAUUUUGGCCAAUGAAUCUUCAAAUUUCCAUCCCUCUUCUGCCACAUAUUCUGUUCCAAAUCCAAUGCCUUCUGCUCCAUUGUUGCCUGAUAAUGCUGCUUGGUUCACCAAUCUACAAUCUGGUUCUCAAGUAUAUCCAAGCAACCAAUCACCACCACCACCACCAAGUGCCUAUCAAGAUUUGAGUUCUGCUUAUGGACCACCCGGAUAUGAUCCUAGAUUUCCAGCUUUUACCAAUGGAUACACGCCACCCGGAAGAAUGACUUCCUCCGAAUGGCUUCGUUGGUACCGAGAGAGUUAUAAGCCUGAGAAGGCCAACAAUUAUGUGCAGCCUACUCAUAUGAAUACUCCUGGUCCUGGAAAUAAUGGAAACUUGCUCUAUCAUGAGAAUUACAGGUUUAAUCAGUUUGAUAGAUGGGGUAAUCCUAUUCCUUUGCCUUCUAACCAGUACACAAACAUGGAACCGCCGGGGCCACCACCGUUGCAGCCAGGUUUUCUCACUUCGUCUGCUUAUGGUGCAAGUGAACAGAAGGCAAGUCUCUUCAACAAUUUUCAAAGGCCAAGCCCUUAUGGUUGUGGUGCUGUGACAGACAUGAGAAAUGAGCCACAGUCUCUGCUAGAGUACCUGAAGGAGAAGGAGUUGAGACUCCAGAGAGAUCCUAACCUCGGAGGACCUACUUUCAUGGGAAAUCAGAACUCUUUCAUCUGAGAAAAAAAAACAUAUGUUUCACCGUUUUCAUAACUUGUAUCUUACACUUUAGUUGAGCACAUUAGAUUGUAUAUAGAUAUAGAUGUUUCGGUCAUUUCCCUCAGUGAGGAAUCCCGGUGAAAGUGGAUGAAAAUCCUGCAUUCAAAGCAUUUUAUGAUGUUGGAAAUCCAGAGUGAUUCAUAAUCAUAUAUGUUCAUAGCUGCACACUAUUCUAGAACAUGCAUGUAAAGUGUGUUAUGUAAGAAUUCAAGCUACAUCAUGUGGAAAAGAUCCUCACUCAAGAAGUGGUUGUAUGAUUCGUGAAAAUAUAUAUAGUGAGGUUGUGUACAAUCAUCUAUCCAUCUAAGAAUUGUAGUGAAUGCAUGCAGUGCUCGAAUUUGAGAACGUGUUGAAUAUAAAUAAAAUGGUGGAAAUUC